CCCACAUUUUACAGGAAGGAUCUAUGUUGUUGUAUCAUUCCAUUUCUCUGGGACAGGUCAUCUAACAAAACAAGAACUUAAUGCAGCUGCUGUUCAGUCAGGAUGGAGUCAAUUGUGUGGGAAUGUGGAUAAACACUUCAUGGCUUAACCUAAUACCUACUCUUUAAUAAUGUGAAAAGAAAAAGCAAGAUGUUUCACACCUCUGCCUCCAACGCAUCACCGGAACUCCACAAACAGUGUUGUAUACAACGAGCAUCCAAGUUUUGAAGAGUCUUAAAGAAGGACUGAGAAUAUUGGUGUUAAAUUGAAAUCUGAAGAUACGUGAGGCAUUUAAAGAGUCUUCUGACUGGGCUCCAUAACUGGCCCCAUUCUUGUGGAAGGAUGGCUGCUCACUGGAUGUUCUGUUACCUUUGGCUUUUGGAUGUUUUGGUGGGGCACACAAGGGGACACAGCUUGUUUUCCUGCGAGCCGAUCAUCUUGCGGAUGUGCCAGGAUCUACCUUACAACACCACCUUUAUGCCUAACCUUCUGAACCAUUACGACCAGCAAACAGCUGCAUUAGCAAUGGAGCCCUUUCACCCGAUGGUGAAUCUGGAAUGCUCCAGGGAUUUCCGGCCCUUCCUGUGUGCCCUCUACGCUCCGGUGUGCAUGGAGUACGGCCGGGUCACGCUCCCGUGUCGCCGGCUUUGCCAGCGGGCCUACAGCGAGUGCUCCAAACUCAUGGAGAUGUUUGGGGUCCCCUGGCCCGAGGAUAUGGAGUGCACCAGAUUCCCUGAUUGCGAUGAGCCGUAUCCUCGCCUCGUUGACCUCAGUCUAGCCAGGGAACCCACCGAAGAGACCCCAAUGGCAGUACAGAGGGAUUAUGGUUUUUGGUGUCCUCGGGAGCUGAAAAUAGACCCUGAUCUCGGUUACUCUUUCCUGAGGGUACGAGACUGUUCCCCUCCUUGCCCAAAUAUGUACUUUCGUCGUGAGGAACUCUCCUUUGCUCGCUAUUUCAUCGGAGUGAUCUCCAUCGUCUGCCUUUCUGCUACCUUGUUUACUUUUUUAACUUUCCUGAUCGAUGUCACCAGAUUCCGCUAUCCCGAGAGACCCAUAAUAUUUUACGCCGUCUGUUACAUGAUGGUGUCGCUCAUUUUCUUCAUUGGCUUUCUGCUCGAAGACCGAGUCGCGUGUAACGCAGCGAGCCCUGCCCACUACAAGGCUUCCACGGUGACGCAGGGCUCUCACAACAAAGCUUGCACCAUGCUUUUCAUGGUGCUCUAUUUCUUUACCAUGGCCGGCAGCGUUUGGUGGGUCAUUCUAACCAUCACGUGGUUCUUGGCCGCCGUGCCAAAAUGGGGCAGCGAAGCGAUCGAGAAGAAAGCCUUGCUCUUCCACGCCAGUGCCUGGGGCAUUCCAGGAACUCUAACCAUCAUCCUCUUAGCGAUGAAUAAAAUAGAAGGCGACAAUAUUAGCGGCGUGUGUUUUGUUGGCCUCUAUGACGUGGAUGCAUUAAGAUACUUUGUCCUUGCUCCCCUCUGCCUCUACGUGGUGGUCGGAGUUGCCCUCCUGCUAGCUGGCAUUAUCUCUCUGAAUCGCGUUCGCAUUGAGAUCCCGUUAGAGAAAGAGAACCAGGACAAGCUAGUGAAGUUCAUGAUCCGGAUUGGCGUGUUCAGUGUUCUCUACCUCGUGCCCCUCUUGGUGGUAAUUGGCUGCUAUUUCUAUGAGCAGGCGUAUCGAGGCGUGUGGGAGACCACGUGGAUCCAGGAACGCUGCCGGGAAUAUCACAUCCCGUGCCCCUACCAGGUCACCCAGACGAGCCGCCCGGAUUUGAUUCUCUUCCUCAUGAAGUAUCUGAUGGCUCUGGUCGUCGGGAUCCCCUCCGUGUUCUGGGUUGGCAGCAAGAAGACCUGUUUUGAGUGGGCCAGCUUCUUCCACGGCCGCCGGAAAAAGGAAGCUGUCAACGAGAGCCGGCAGGUGCUGCAGGAGCCGGAUUUCGCGCAGUCGCUGCUGCGGGACCCCAACACGCCCAUCCUGCGCAAGUCGCGGGGCACGUCCACGCAGGGCACGUCCACGCACGCCUCCUCCACGCAGCUCGCCGUCAUGGACGAGCAGCGCAGCAAGGCGGGCAGCGUGCACAGCAAAGUGAGCAGCUACCACGGCAGCCUGCACCGCUCGCGCGACGGCCGCUACACGCCGUGCAGCUACCGCGGCGCGGAGGAGAGGCUCCCGCACGGCAGCAUGUCCCGCCUCACCGAUCACUCCCGCCACAGCAGCUGCCACCGCCUCAACGAGCAGUCGCGGCCCGGCAGCAGCCGCGAGCUGAGCACCAACCCGCUGGGCCACGGCCCGCACGGCGCCGCCAGCAUGAACCGCGUCAUCGAGGAGGACGGCACGAGCGCCUGAGCCGCCGCCGCCGCGCCCAGAACGCCRCUCGCCUCCUGGGGACCUUGCAGGAGGCCAUUAUUUAUUUGGUAACUGCUGCUCUCCUGCCAAACGCUGAGUUUCUGCUCCUUGGCUGAGGGAAACGUUUCCCUCCUUCCAAGGUGUCUGCGUGGGGGCAAGAGAUGCCCUUGGGAGUGGCCCAAGGAGGCGGGAGGAGACUCYGCGGAGGAGGGAAUUCUGCCUGGUCUCCGUGUGUCUCCGAGACCACGACCCGGUGCCGGCCCGCGGGAAGCGCAGCAGGCGGGCGGCCCGUUGAGCGCUGCCGAAGCCGCCGGCAUCUCCAACCCCUUACACUGGAAA